AUAUGUAUGUGUCGUAGAAUGAUUAAUUUGCCCACUGUAUAUGUGUGGCAUAGAAUGGUUAGUUUGACCAUUGUGCAUGCAUGUACAGUUUGAGUGGCGACACGAUGUCGCUAACGGUGGUUUUCAGAACGCGCAACAGCUAAGGAAAAGAGACAUCCUCUGCUGUUGAGUAAGGUCUGUUCGUAGGGGCGUAGAAAAGAGAUAGCAUUAUGAUCUGCAAAACUUGUGAAAUAACUUGGAAUGUGCGUAGUGAGUUCAGUUACGAUCACGCCACUGAAACGAACAGAACUUGCUGCGUCCGAAAAAUGGAAAUAAAUGAGCCAUCUCCGACAUCAGAAGUGGGAUCUGCUUUGCCUACUGAUCCACAUUUGUUAGCAUUGGAACUGCAAAAUCGCAACCUGAUGGAAAUAAUUAAAAACAUGCAGACUCCAAAGGCGCCGCAAUCCGAUGGUAAAGCUUCGCACAUUACCUUACCAAAAUUUAACCCUGACGUGGCUGGAGUGGAGCCCUCACUUGGUGCAGCACGGUGGACCUUAUAUUUGCUGAUAACGAUCUCCAAGGUAGCAAUCUGGUGAUAGCACUAAGUAAAGCACUAGAAGGCACCGCAU